GAUCGAACACGUGACAGUAUAGGAACUUUGUUGGCGGAAGUAGUAAUUGACAAAUUGAAGAGUGUUGAAAGGAUAUAGGUUAUUUUUAGAAACAUGCAGUUCUUUGGUCGACUUAUGAACACUUUCGGAAAUGUCACCCACUUGUUUUCAAACCCUUAUCGGGUGAAGGAAGUACCCUUGGCAGAGUAUGCAACUCGGUCCCGUCUGAAAUGGGAAGACAGGAUCAUUCUUUACGACAACAGUUCAGCUCAUUCCUGGGACUGUCUUUUAGUUAACCCACAGAAUCAAGUGGCUGCCUUCCGGCUUUUCCAGAUAGAUAAUGAAACAGAUGCAAUCCAGCAUUUUGACCUGUAUGUAAAACUGUUACGCCCAUUCUAUGAGAGCUAUCGAGACCCUUUGCCACUGGAGACCUUGCAGCAACUGACGGAUUGUUUUCGCAACCACCCCACCUGGUCACUGGCUCAUAUAGCAGUAGAAGUUGGACUCUUGGAGAGCUUCCGGCACAAUCGUAUCCUGAGCUGCAUGAACAGCAAUGACUCUGAGGAUGGCUGCAGUCCCCUGCACAUAGCCUGUCAGAAAGGAGACCUUGGCUGUCUGCGGGAGCUGGUGGAGGAAUGCCAUGCCCGAGUGGACCUCACGGACAAAAAUGGAGAUACUGUCUUCCACUAUGCUGUUCGAGGGAAUAACCCCAAGAUCAUAGAGCUCCUGGGCAGAAGGUCAACUGCUGCUUUGGACCAUUUGAACAACCAAGGCCAAACCCCUUUGCACUUAGCCUGCCAGCUGGGCAAGGAUGAAGCUGUUAUUUCGCUUUUGAAGGCUGAAGCUAAGGGCAGUAUCUUGGGAACGCUGGGCUUCCCCAUCCACACGGCCAUGAAGUACUCCCAGAAGAGGUGUGCCAAAGCCCUCCUUGAUGUGGACAUCAACCAGAUUCAGUAUCAGGACCAACGGUAUGGAGGAACACCCCUUCACUGGGCCAAGAAUGCUGAGAUGACCCAGCUACUGAUAGAGUACGGCUGCGAAGUGAAUGCUCUCAGCAUGACGGGGGAGUCGGCCUUGCACAUUGCUGUGCAGCGGGGGCGCUUUGACUGUACGAUGGUGCUGCUGACGCAUGGAGCUGUGACCAACACAAAAGGGAAGGAUGGCAACACUCCACUGCACCUGGCAAUGAAGCAAGACCACCUGGAUAUGAUCAAGGCCCUGAUAGUGUUUGGAGCUGACGUGGAGAUCCCUAAUGAUUUUGGGGAGACCCCAGGUUUGGUGGCAGCCAGGACAAGCAAAGGUGCCAACCGGAAGGUGCUCUUAGACCUGCUGAAAACUAUAGGGACUGAACGCUGCCACCCUCCAGGUACAUCUGCCCUCCAUUUGGCAGCCACAUCAUCUUCAUCAGUACCAUCUACUUCUACCCUCCCGGAAAGACCACCACCCCCAGGGACAAGUAACUCAAACCUAGGAUUCAGGGACAUCAUCCAUAUUUCUGCAUCACUUAAUACCUUGCUGAAAGCACCAGACACGGCCGACUCUGUCACUGAGAAGAAGAGAACCCAGGACCGUCUCUUGAGCCUGGACGGUGGGGGCGUCCGGGGCCUGGUGCUUAUCCAGUUCCUCAUUGCAAUAGAGAGUGUUGCCGGGCGACCCAUCCGGGAACUCUUUGACUGGAUAGCUGGGACUAGCACAGGGGGGAUUCUGGCACUGUCUAUUGUACAAGGGAAGCCGAUGAACUAUAUGCGCUGCUUGUAUUUCCGCAUGAAAGACGAGGUGUUUCGAGGGUCCCGACCCUACGAGUCAGAGCCACUUGAGGAAUUCCUGAAGAAGGAGUUUGGAGAAUACACCAAAAUGACAGAUUUCAAGAAACCCAGGCUCAUGUUGACAGCCACUCUAUGUGACCGACAGCCUGCCGAGCUCCACCUCUUUCGGAAUUAUAAUCCGCCAGAGGCUAAAGGCAAAUCUCGUUAUAGGACAACAGCCUUGUUCCCAGAACUGACCAAACCAGAAGAUCAGCUGGUGUGGCAGGCUGCCCGCUCCAGCGGAGCUGCUCCGACAUAUUUUCGACCGAUUGGACGUUUUCUAGAUGGAGGGCUGCUGGCUAACAACCCCACUUUGGAUGCCAUGACGGAGAUCAAUGACUACAACAAGUCUUUAAUCCAGAAGGGAAAGGCGCACGAGGUGAAAAAAUUGAAUGUGGUAGUCUCUCUUGGGACAGGAAGGGCUCCACAGGUACCUGUGAGCUCAGUGGAUGUUUUCCGCCCCUCCAACCCUUGGGAACUGGCAAGGACUGUCUAUGGGGCCAAGGAAUUGGGCAAGUUGGUGGUGGACUGUUGCACUGAUCCAGAUGGCCCAGUGGUGGAUCGUUCAAAAGCCUGGUGUGAGAUGAUAGAGGCCCGUUAUUUCAGGUUCAACCCCCAGUUAGACUCCGAUGUAAUGCUGGAUGAGAUCAGUGAUACUGUCCUGGUGAACCUGCUGUGGGAAACUCAGCUCUACAUUUACCAACAUUGGGAUGAAAUCAAGCAGUUAGUAGACCAGUUCCUAAUUCCCUGAUGUUGUACAAGACUCGAUGGUUCCAGUGCUGCCUCUCAGCAGAGAUGACUUAGAAAACCACCAGAAGUAACGAAGUCUGCCGGCCCUUCCUUCUCACCUCCAGAAAACGAAGUUGAUGAAUUUAGCGAUCACACUUACUGAAAUGUUUUGUAGCUCUUGUAAUCCACACAGUAGUAGCUGCUCUCUUCCUGUAUGCCAGACUCCAGUAUAACUGCAGCCUUGCAUAUGACUGUAAGGGGUUUCUUGUAUUUCAGUUUCCUUGUGUGAUAACAGGACAUGUGACUGAUCAGCGACAGAUCACCUGCUCCUGCUGGGCUCACAAAGGGUAUUGUCUGACACUCAAGGUUUUAUCUGUUGCACCUUGCUGUCAAAAGUUGUAUGUGACAGGUUAAGAAAGUUUUAAUUGUAGAUUUCUCCAUGUGUGUCCAUUGGAUCCUGAAGUUCUGCUGUGAAGGAAGUAGAGCUAUUACAGGAUUUAUGAGAAGGGAGAGCUACUCCUCUACAAUAUACUUUCAGCUAGAACAUUACAGUCCUCAUACUUGGUCUCAGCAAGGUUGGGUUCCUUCACUGGUGGUCAGAUGCCGCCCCCGCCCCCACCGUCCUUCCUUGUUCUUUCCUGCUCAGCUCCUCUCAGCUCCUGAAAGGAACCACUUACAUGAUUUGAAAAGUUCUGAGGAAAAUAGGAUAGAGAUUGUUAUAUUAAUUUCCUUGUAGGUAGAACAUGUUGUGAUGGUAUUUGGUCACUGGCAGAGGUGAGAAAAUAUUUUCCUACUCCCUCUGCACAGGGUGAACGAUAAGGGUGAAUUGUGUAGAUUUGGCUACAGCACAAAAAUUCAACCACAAUAAUGAGAGGGACCUUCUGCUGAUGGACCAUUUUCUGUCUGUUAAAUGGUCAAACAUGCUUUUCGGUGUCCAUUUCACCCUAAUGUUCCCGUACAUCAGUUCCUUUUGGGGUUCAUCUUUCCUAUACCACCCUCUCCCCAACUGCCUUUUUUCCUCUCUCAAAGAUAAGAACUUAAGUGCUGCCGUUAUUGUUUGUGCAUUUUCACUAAUUUAUUAGAAUUUACUGAAACUUGAAAAAAAUAUCCUAAUGAAUCUGAAAUCCAGCAGGUGGCUUUUUUCCUGUGUGAUUUUUUUGUAAACAUCAUUUGGUUUACUGCAAUUGAAAAUAACUGUCAAAGAGUGGUGGCCUAGAAUAUCUCCACAAAACUGACACAGUAUUAAAUAAAUGGAAGUUUACAUGAAA